UGUGUGCAAAUCCUGGCACUAAACGCGCCAGGAACAGCAAACAGUCAACAGCGAAAGAUGAGCAGCCACAGCACGGAAGAGAGAACGGAAAAGAAGCGACGCAGGCAGCUCAAGAAGCACAACUCUAAGGCCAAGCAGCAGCAGGAUAAGCCCAAGAAGCAUACGAAAAAGCGACUCAAGAUGUCGCCGGGCAACAUUAGCUUUGACUAUCGGCUGUUCCUCUACCGGCAGGAGCUGCGCCGCUCCAGCGCGAACUACUCCUACCUGCGGCUGUCCCGCGCCAAGAUCAUGCUCACCGCCGAGCUGAUAGCCAAGAAUAUGUGCAGCUACAACAAGAUGUGCAGCGUCGACGAUCUCAAGAUGCUCAGCCGCGAGGUGCAGUUCAAGAAGCGGCUCUGCAGCCAGGUGGAGCGUCUCGAACAGUUCCAGGAACUCGGACUCACCGACGUCGUGCUCAACGGCAAGCGAACCGCGCUCUAGACUCGGCUGGCAAUGGCUUUAGGCUAGGGCUGGGCAUUAGCUUAAGUUACCUUUAGGCAUUUUAGAUUGUAAUAUUUUAUCAAAUAAAAUAUGGCAUUUAUAUCUAUGGGCGUCUUCAA